AUGGCAUCAUCCCACCAGAGGUUACAAGAUGCAUUCGAAAGGCAAAAAGAGAAGAAUCUGGCCAGUUCCCUCCGGCCUUCAUCUCCGGGGGCUGAGACGAAGACAUUCGGACCACGCGGUGACCGACAAAUACUAGUCGCCAUUGACUUUGGCACAACGUAUUCAGCCGCAGCUUGGGUUCACACACAAACUGGAAAUGCUCAACGGCCACCCAUCAACAUUAUCCAUGACUGGCCCGAAAAGGCUGACACCACAGACAGCGUUCCAACGUGA